AUGGAUCCAAUUUGGGUGAUGACAAACAAUGUAACCGAAGCCAAACUAAUGGGUCGUACACAGGACGACACAGUUGUGUUUACAUCAUUGGAUGCACUCAACAGAGACCUACAGAUCUAUUUGGUGAUACUCUACUCAAUCACUGCAAUACUGGCAUUUGUGGGCAACGUUACCGUCAUAUUUGUGUUGUCAAACGGGCGCCGGUGUCCCAUUAGUUUACGCAAAUUUCUUAUCAAUCUAUCGCUGGCCGACGUAUCUCUGGCCCUGUUUAGCAUACCGUUUACAUACACUGACUUUAUGCUGGGCUACUGGAUCUUUCCAAACUUCAUGUGCUCGACAGCACAGUUCGUACAGGUGCUCAGCGUCUUUGUCAGUGUCUAUACGCUUACCAUUAUUGGCAUUGAAAGAUACAUAGCAACCAUACAUUCAUUCAAUUGUGCCAAUCAUUGGUUCAAACAUCACACAAACCUAAUGUUGAUAAUCGGCUGGAUUUUUGGCGCACUGUUAGGCAGUGUCCAGUGGUGGCACUCGAGGGCAGUUCCGUUUAGCUACCGAAACGAAACUUAUGUUGACUGUCGCGAGGAAUGGGAUGAAGCGGGAGGAAAGGCCUACACUGUUGUCAUAUUUUUGAUGACUUUCCUGAUGCCUCUUAUUAUGUAA